AUGCAGUACAAAAGUCUUAUCGUUGCGCUGUACGGUGUCGGAGCAUCAUGUUCUGCUCUACGACCACCAAUUGAAAGACGCGUAACGACAGAAAUUCCUUCAGACUCUUUCAACUCCCUUGAAACAUACUGGAAUUACCUGUAUCCCUGGGGAGCCACACACAAUGGUGGCGCCCGAAUGGAUGAGGAACACGUCUCCGUCACUGAUGGCGUUCUCACUCUGACUGCUGAGCCACGAGAUGACCAAGAAGAUCCCAUCCACUAUCUUUCUGGAGCAAUUCACGCCAAAUCAACAUUCACUGUUUCUGCUGGUGGUGGUUACGAUAUCAGUGCUGAGUUCAUUGCUCCAGUAGACAGAGGAACCUGGCCAGCUUUCUGGCUUAAUGCAGCGAGCGGAUGGCCGCCUGAGAUUGAUAUUGCCGAGUGGAAAGGUUCUGGAAAGAUUUCUUUCAACACAUUCAAUACUUCUGAUGAGGUCACCGCACUUGAUAGGGACUUCCCAAACCCUGAGGAAUGGCAUUCUGUUCGUGCUGAACUGCGUGAUGAGAAUGGUCAUGAUGUGAGAGUCAAGUUUUUCCUCGAUGGUGUUGAGCAGACUACGCAAUAUGGUCGCGACUACAUUGGGGCGGGUCUACUUCUGAUUGUCAACUAUCAGACUGAAGGAUCUUCUGGAUCACCUGGUCCGACAACGCCGACAACUUUUCAAGUUCGAAACGUUGAGGUUGUCAGUCUCAACUAG